AUGUCCUCCGCUGACCUUUGCCUUCAGCGCGCGCAUGCUUACCUUCAGGAUGCUCGCGACAUCCACGUCGACACGCUGACCCGAGUCGAGGCCCUCGACGCCGCCCGCGCUGCCCUCCUCGAUGCGCACCGCGCCCGCGCCCCGUCAGCGCAAAUCCUCCCGCAUUUCACCGCUCUCUGCGAGCAUGCUGCCUCAGAGCGCGCCCACCCGCUCCGUGCCGUGCUGCCCGCCGCCGUCGAGGACCUUGUAGCCCGCGACAUGCCCAGCUUCGCGCAGGCUGCCACCCCAUUUUUGGCUCGCGCCCUGCAUGAUGACAACUUCAUCGUCGCCGCUAGAGCCGUCAAAUCGCUUACUCGGUUGUUUCGGAAAGUCAUCGGCUUUGUCGUGGCCAGCGGCGUCGGGGACGGGGACGGCCGCUUUUCCCAGGCCAACGUGGCCGUCUGGCUCCAGAUGCAGCAAAAGGCUCUUUCCUUGAUCGCGGCGAAAGAUGAAGGAUUGAGGAAGGCCUGUGUCAAGUUUGCGGAGACCGUCGUCUUGGCCUUCACGUUUUCGGGCAGCGCGGGAUCGCCCGACCAUUUUACCCUCGACUAUUUGGUCAAAAAGGGAUCCGACUGUCCGUUGUUGGAGCCACGAGCCUUGGAGGAGGAAGGGAUUCGUUGCGUAAAGGCUAUUGCCCAGCUGCUGCAUCACAGCCUGGAGGGGAGUGUGGUCACCGCGAGGCCAGAUGGAAGGGAAAGCGUGCGCGGACUGCCACCCAUGUCAUUGAUGACCGCCAUUUCAGUGCUGAGUAAUCUUGUGCGUAGGCGAAGGAAAAUUCUUGAGUUUACGCUCCCACCGUUUCUCAACGCCGUUGCAGCCAUUACUAGCGGCAGCAGGCGUCCCACGACCCCGCAGGGCAUUUUGCAGCUCACACCGAGCCAACGUCACAGCAUCAUUCAUGUAUUGCGCUUCAAUUUGCUCGCGUUGCGCCCCUACCCGCACACGAGGUCUGGCAGGGCAGGCGCCGAUAUCAUGCAAGCGAGCGCCGAUUUGGAAGCGCUGGAGCGCGAGGAAGAAAUGCAACGGAAGGAGAGAGCAUCUAAGCUCGCCGCGAUAUCGGCGCGCGAACGUGCGGAGAGGGAAGCGGCUGUCGAAGCAGAUAAGCGUCGCGCAGCAGCUGGUGCUGCUGCGGCUCACAUGCAACCGGCACCUUCCAUGAGGCGCGGAAGGGAGCCCACGAGUAUGGGACCGCCGUGGCCACGGCUCCCACCGAAGGAGGCGUACGCUGUGGCACAGGCUAUUAUUCAGAGUAAGCCACCCCAUGAAGUGGUAAACUUUAUUAUCUCGGCACUAUUGCACCACAUCCCACCAGCGGAAACUGUACCAGGCGCGAAACGCCCGCUCCAAAAGAGUCGCGCUAAAGUCGAGCAGACAGGAGCAGAGGAACCUGCAAUGAAGAGGCCUCGAAAGUCUAGAUUCGGAGCAAAGGACCCGGACCGCCCCAUGCACGAAGCGAUUCCGCCGCCCCCUAAGAAGAAGGUCGCCGUCGUACGGAAGGUCGCCCCUGCCGUAGGUCCAGUCAAGCUUACUUCUACCACCGUUGAGAAGCUGGUCACAGUUUGUUGUCGGAGAAUACUCAAGAAGGAACCUCAGGCGAUUGCAAGCGGAGCAGGACCCAUGCGAAUACAACUUCUAGCGCGGCUACUGACCAGACUUAGCCAACAAGACCAAGGCACGACUGCACGACAAUUUUGUGAAGAAGUUUGCGCUUUUAUUGCUGCUACCGUCGAGCACAAUAUGCCUCUAGCACAGGCAUGGCUCUUCAAGCUUGCUUGUGAAGCAGAACUGACGAAGAUAUCGCACGAUAUCCGCUCUGAUAUACCGCUCCUGAAAACGGAGGCAGAGGAAGAAGGUACAAAUAGAGCUGAAAAGGGCAGCGACGACACCACUGCCACUGUGGCCCUAAAAACGCAGCCAGUUGCCGAAGUUAUCGUCAAGUCGGAGCUUGUAACGGAUUCUUGUGCUACUGCAGAAGUCGCCUCAGCCGUUCAGGACAAAGAAGAAGCUCCGGAAACAAAGCCGACUGCAAAAGCAGAAAACGAAGUGAAGGAUGACAAGGUUGCUAGAGGUGAUAGUAACACUGCAGUCGAAACGGACCAAAAAAUGGCGAACGACACAAGCAGUGAAGAGUUAGUAGCCGACGUUCUGGUUCCUCUUUCUGUCAAUGAAGGAUAUGGUCGUAUCUUUCACCGCUUGUUGGAGCUUUUGGCUGACAAGCAGCCAUUUGUUGGUGAUUCUUACUCGCAAAUGAUUUGCGAGGCCCCGAUGCUACCUCAAUCUGUAUUUGACACACUCAAAAAGUUCUGCUAUGAUCCCUCGAAAAUCAAAAUUGGACUUCACACUCUUCGAGACAUUGUUUUACAGAGACCAGGAGAUGACAGGGCUAAAUGCCUUUCCCUUCUUUUGGGCUUCACAAAUCAUGAGGACGAGGUGCUGCGGGGUCCCUCAAUUCGGUUGGUGGCGAACAAAAUUUUUGCAGAAUGCGUUGGUGAGGUGCCCGAGGCAAUCGAAAAGCACGCAGUGGAUUCCCUCAACACAGCCAUUGGGAGGCUCUCUGAGAAGCCGACAGCCGACGAAUUUAGCAAUGUGGAACGAGCCUCGUUGCUCUUAACGGCGCUUUGUGGGCAAAAGCAUGAAUUGCUGCGCGAAAUCGCUGCAUCAUACAUCUCUAUGCAAUCUGCAGCCAGGCAGACUCUGCUGCAGCGGGCCAAGGAUCUCGCAGGUCACCUUGGCAUGGCAGCCGUUCCAGUUAUUCAGCUCAUUGCUGGCAAGCUAUUGCCAGUUCAGCCAGCAGCGGAUGGGGACAGCUAUGGAACAGAUGGGCUCGAAGUCUUGGCCCUGGAAGUCCUUAGGGCUCUUCUCAAAAAGUUCGGACGGCCAACCGAAGAAAUCGUUGAUGCCGCUCGUACAAGGUAUGAUCUUAGCGGCAACACGGCAUUUGUUAUUGCAGUUCUUCCAGGAUUGCGUAAGGAUUCUUUGCUCAAAUAUUUGGCUGCGAUUGUCAGCUCGGUGUUCAGUACGUCAGAAGUUGCAGAAAACGGAUCUGGAACGGAGAGAAUCGACCAUACAAUUGAUACAUCGAAGACGACUGCUGGGUUUAAAGAAAUCAUUGGAAUUGUUAUGGGUUCAAGGCCGCCUGCCCUCUCGCCCUCAGAGCUUCUGUUUGAACUGCACAACAUUGAGCCCAAUCUAGCGGUCAUCAGUGCCAUUCGGGCUUGUUUCGAACUGAAGAGCAUUUACAAGCAGGACGUUAUAGCGCAAGCAAUCCAGCAACUCAUUGAAAAGACGGUGAUCCCAGACUUGCUCAUGCGAACGGUUAACUUGGCAAGAAUAUAUUACUCCGAACUCGAAAAAUAUUUGACUGGAACAGUUCUGAAGCGUCUCAUCGAAAAGCACGUCUGGAAAAACGAACUCCUUUGGGAAGGGUUUUUAAUAUACUGCGCGCAGGUGAAGGACAAGUCAUUCUUCAAACUUCUACUGAGUCUCCCCGCACCUCAGCUGGCUGAGGCGCUGCGCAGGCAGGAAGACUUGCUGACGACAUUCAAGGGUCUCUUUUCAAAUCCGAAGAAUCUGAGGAAGGUCUCAUCCGUCAAGCAUCGCAAGGUAAUUCAAGCAGCGAUUAAAAAACCUGCGAAAGACUCGUGA